AGACUCAAUCUGGAAAUGAACAGCAGCCGGAGCGACCAAACAUGCAAAAUCAGCGUACUGCAAGUACGAUGAGAUCUAGGACGAACAAGCAGAAGCGUCCAGAUAUGCGAAAUCAGCACACCAUGAGCACAUUGAGACCCAGAAUGAGUCGCAUGGCCACUCAAAUGAGCCGAAUGGCUACCAACGCUACAGGAGGAACUGCAGAACAAGGUGGUUACUCCUUGGCUGGUUCACAAACAAAUCCCAACCGUGGUGGACCUAACAGAGACACCUAUGUCGCAGAAGGAUACCGCGACCUCAACCCACAAUACGAAAAGAAGCAGAACGAGCCGACAUUCAGUUUGGGUUCCAACCUGCCACGUACAGUACGUGGUUGGCAAGGAAAGAAGAAGAAUGAAAAGUCUUCUCAUGCUGGAACAGCGCCUGGUGUUCAACCUGGCGANAAGGGAGAAGGAGAAGCAGCUCCUCAGCUUCAAGACACUGACGAACGCAAAAAGCACCGUGGAGGCGAGAAGCAAAAUCCUCAACCCUCUAACGAGGAAAGACACCUAAAUCACGGAUCUACUCAGAGUAACCAGUCAGGAGGAGGCAUGAUGAUGCACGAAGCUAGUGCUCAAUCUGGAGAUGGUGGAAACACAGGAGUUCUUGGUGACGAAGCUGUAUACUCUCCUGGCAACGAUAGUGAUGACACGACACUUGCACCAGAGGAUGAGGAAGUUCUCGACGAACCUGCACCUUUCAAUUCGUGGGCGAUCACUACCAUUUUUGUCUUGAUCGGUGUUAGCAGCAACCUCGCCGUAGCAACCGGAGAAUCACAACAUCCAGGCAUCUAUCAAAACAUGUAUUGGGGUUGGGGUUUGGCUGUCAUGUUGGGCAUCUACAUCUCGGGUGGAAGCUCAGGUGCCCAUCUCAACCCAGCCGUCUCCAUUCCUCUUUGGAUCUACGUAAGAUUCCCUGCUCGCAAACUUCCAGUCUUCAUCAUUUUCCAAAUUCUGGGCGCCUUUACCGGUGGCCUCAUCGCCAUAGCCAUCUAUCGUGAUGCCAUUCUAUACAAUGAUGGCGGACUCAUCGGCUCAUCGACUGGAAUCCAAAUUUACACACAACCAAAGGAGUAUGUGCAACCCGCAACAGCCUUCUUCACCGAAUUUGCUGGCACUGCAAUUCUCACCUGCUCCAUCCUGGCACUCGGUGAUGACUCAAACUCGCCUCCUGGUGCCGGUAUGCACGCCUUUAUCAUCGGUCUUCUUGUCAUUUCCCUCAUCAUGUCCCUCGGCUCCAACACAGGCGGUUGCUUCAACCCGGUCCGAGACUUUGGCCCUCGCCUUGCCGCAAUGGCCAUGGGUUACGGCACCGAGAUCUUUACCGCCUACCACAACUGGUGGAUCUGGGGUGCUUGGGGUGCCACAAUCUCUGGCGGUAUUGCCGGCGGUGUCCUCUACGACACUUGCAUCUUCAAGGGUGGUGAGAGUCCAGUCAAUUAUACACCCAGAAAAUGGCAGGGCAAAGCCAAUGAAGGCAAACUNGGACUUUUGCAAAUGUUCCGUCAACACACCCAAGCUCGCAACCUUGAAACAGCCAUGGAGAAGGGAGAAGUGGAGAAUGGAGGUUCC